CGACUUCCUCUCCUUUUUUUCUUUUUUCGACCUUCUUUAUCUUAGUCGAGUUGAUUCUCGACUAAUUUUUUUUUCGGGAAUCACUCUUUGAUAGAGAAAGACAUCACCCCACUCCUAGAAGGAGAUUCAUUGACGUCCAGAUUUACCGCGCCCUUUUAUACACCUUUCGAUUUUUAAACUGUUUGCAAACAUGGUUUUCUUCACUCCUUUCAUCGGUGCUGCCGCCAUUUUGUCUGGGCUCGCCUCCGCAGCCCCUAUGAUGGCCGACAGCCCAGCAGCCAUGUCCGGAACACCCGCAAUGGAUAAUUGGAUGACCACGGAAACUGCUAAGCCGUCUUGGGCCUCUUCUGCUAUGGCGUCUAUGAAGACUCCUGCCAUGGGUGGUGCUUCUGGAGGUUCCUGGGGUGGUAGUGGCGGUUCUUGGGGAUCUUCUGCUGCCGCAUCUUCUGCUACCGGUGGUACUUGGGGCUCUUCUGCCGCUGCUGG